GUCGGAUACGACACACGUGACCGAGCCGGUCGGACGGAUCUACCUGGCCGCUUCCGUCUGAUGGACGUACGCGUCGGAGCGCGCCUUCCGUACUGCUCAGGUAACGACAGAUAAGAAUCCGACGUCAUGCCUCAACCCGGAGACGAAUCUGAGAACGUGUCUCUGGUGAGUAGGGAAGCUCUGCCCGUCGGGUCUUACACCGAAGAAUCGGGUCGAUCGGGACGGGAGGAGGAUCGAGACGACGUCAAGGAGACUGAUUUCGUCGACACCGACGUCUCGCUGCUGUCGCAGUUUCAUCAGGAUGCUCUGACGCAGGCGGGCUACGGCGUGUUCCAGUGGAUGGUGUUCGUGGUGGCGGGACUGGGUCUGGCCGCCGAUUCCAUCGAGGUGUUCGUCGUAGCCUACGUCAUCCCCAGCGCCGAGAGGGAGCUCUGCAUGGAAGAGUACCACAAAGGUUGGCUGGGGGGCGUAACCUUCCUGGGAAUGAUGAUAGGGGGUCUAACCUGGGGAAAUUUGGCCGACAAAUUGGGUCGAAGACGCACACUACUCUCCGCUCUCUCCACCAAUGCCGUCUUUUCAGUCAUCACCGCUUUCAUGCCCACUUACGGGCUCUUUGUUGUCACCAGAUUGUGCAGCGGAAUAGGAAUAGGAGGAUCGUUACCCAUCGUGUUUACUUACUACAGCGAAUUUCUGCAGAAGAAGCACAGGGGCAGACAUCUCAGUUGGUUGCUCAUAUUUUGGGCCAUCGGGGGAGUUUUCGUGGCCGUCAUGGCUUGGGGAAUCGUCCCCAAAACUGGUUUGACGCUGAUGAAUUCUAGAAGGUUGCACUUUGGCAGUUGGAGAGUUUUCCUGUUGAUAUGCUCCGUCCCGUCCGUCAUUUCCCUCAUCGGAAUGGUGUUUCUUCCCGAAAGUCCGCGUUAUUUACUAGAGGCGGGAAGAGACGUGGAGGCCAUGUACGUAUACCAGAAAAUAUUCAAGAUGAACCACAUCAACAAGCCGGGAGCCGAAUACCAGUGCGCCUCUCUUCCCAUUCAGCUCUCGGAAAUGGAAUUACCCGCCAGACGCCAGAGCGGUUCUAUGAUGGGCCCUUCGAACAGAGGCCUUAUUAACGAAUUAUGCGCGGCCUUGGAAUCGUUUUGGACUUCGUUCGUUCGCAUAUUCCUGCCCCCGCACACCACCUUGACCGUGGUGCUCCUGAUCGUGUGGUCCACCACCUCUUUCGGUUUCUACGGCCUUCAGAUGUGGUUUCCCGAGUACACGAGAAAACUGGAAGAGGACAUCUACAACACCAAGUCUGUUCGAGAAACAAACCUGACCUUCCACAACAUCACGUUCAAUUACACCUUGGAAAACAAACAUUUUUUAUACAGUAAGUUUCAAGACGUCAAGUUCAGCGGCAUGUUAUUGAAUCACUGCACCUUCGUGUCGUGUCUAUUCUACAAUUGUUCCUUCAGCGACGUUCGAUCCAGCAGAACGUAUUUCCGACAAUCUACUUUCAGGAACGUGGUUUUCGUCGACACGGACUUUUACGAUUACAAGUUGCAGGACUGCCAGUUCGAAAAUUCCGCGCUGUACAGUACCAAAGCCGGCUGCACCAUCGAUUUCGACGUAAAUUAUAAAUUAUCUCGCGUAUUCCUAGAGAAUCUCAUCGCUCAAUUGGCCAUCAUCCCCGGAAACAUCAUCUCUUCUUGCAUCCUCGAUAAACUCGGCAGAGUCAAGACCAUCGGAAUGUCUCUCUUUCUUUCGAGUUUCUCUGUAUUUUUCCUUUGGCUGGCGACGUCACAAAUGUCGGUGGUGGCCUUUCAAGCCAUUUUUAAUUUCGUCUCCAUCUCGGGAUGGAAUGCCAUCGACGUCAUAACAACCGAAGCCUAUCCGGUUUCUUUGAGAAGCACCGGUUACGGUUUCUCCAGUGCCAUCGGCCGACUGGCGGCGGUUUUGGGCAACGUGACGUUCGGAAGCACCAUCGAGUCCAGCCGAGCUCUACCCAUUCUCAUCACGGCCACCGUCCUCCUGGUGGGUUGCAUCUGCUCGGUGAAGUUACCCGAAACCAAGGAGCUACUCAUGUGAUCUCUCCUCACCCUUUCUUCUCUUCUUUUAACCUUUUCUAAACCAAGGACGGUCGAGCCCAGCCUUCCCGGGACCAGGUCCGGUGACGUCGAAACGUCCGGCCAAUAAUCAAACGGUAAAGACACUUUUCGGCUUCGACUACGUCACGCCGGAAUUUCCGGCCGUCGCAGGCAGCUAUCGGCCAUUUUUUUUGGGUAGGUGAAAUCAAACGACGAUUCGUUUCCGUUGCCGAAAAUCGUCCAUUUUUUCCAUUCGUUUCGUCUCUCGAAUUUUAAUCUUAUUCCAUUAGAAAAAAAAGCCUUUCCUUUCUCCUUUUAGAAUCGUAGAAAAAACGGAAAUAUUUUCCCGUUCUAAACAAUAUAAUGCCUAAAUAUAACACAUAAAAUAAUGUAUAUAAACAUAGAUUUAAAUCCCGUUUAAAUACGACUUAUUGUAUUUAAAAAGUAGACGUCUUUUGAAUAUAAUAAUAAAUUCGUCAAUCACGUGAUUAAUAAAACCCACGGUCACCACCAGUCGGCCCACCCCCGCAUCCGAACGGGGGAUGCGCGCCGGCGGCGCGGAACGGAAAAGUCGCCACUUUCGGGUUUGGCGAAUAGGCUGUACGGACGCCUUUUCUACACCAAUCACGGCUGGCUUCGGUAAUUACGUCAAUCGCGCGUCAAUCGGCGUUUUACGGCGAAGGUUCGAACAGUGUAGAAAUUAUCCCUUUUUCAUAUAAGUCUCCCCAUUUUAAAAGGAUUCCAAAAUUAUAAGCGUAGUGUGACGCGGACGGGGGGUGUUAAAAUAAAUAAAUUUCAUACGAAAAUAUAUAAUUUUCACAUGCGGCAAAACAGCCUUUCCGUUCCUCGCCGCACGUGUUCGUCCCCCUUUUUAGAUACCACGAGCACCCGAUUCGCCGUUUCUCUUCCGUUUUGGGUUUGUUUUAUCGCUUCUCCCGUCCCUAGAAACCUUUUAUUUUGACAAUUAUCUACGACCGUAACCGUACCCCGCAAGGUCAAAAUGUGCUGUAACCCGUAACAUGCCUUAAUUAUUAACAAUCGAUACGUUAAUCGGAUCGAGUCGAGUAUUUUUUUAAACGAGGAGAAGAUGGAUCGCGCGUAGAUUUAACCACUGCCGCUUAUUAGACCGUCGGGUCGAGUUACGUUGCUCAAAAUUACCCCCGUGCAGCCAUAAUUUUCGAAAAAAGAAAUACAUAUCUCGCUGGAGGAUUCGAAUUGGAAAAUGGAGCGAAAAGGUCGCGGUCCGAACCCGUGCUGGCAACUUAUUUUUCCAAUUUGAAGCGAUGGUUAUAGAUUUUAUUGUUUCGACAAUCGAAGAAUAUUUUCGUUUCGGUGAACGAUCGUCGAUUCGAAUUAUAUGAAUUUAUUCUUUGUCACGUCAAUGGUGACGGUCGAACCCACGACGGAGGAGCCACGCACGCACGCAAUAUCGUUGUUGAUGUUAAUUACGCGUUAUCGUUUACGAUAUUUAUUAAAAAAAUAGUUUAUAAAUAUUUUUUAUCUCGUUUUUUGUUACGUGAAGUAAACGUUACGUCUUUUCGGCGCAUUUCUCUUUCGCGCGCUAUCUUUAUGCCCGUUGUGAAAAAUAUGCCGUUACUCGCGCUCUUUCUGGACGGUUACUUUCAAAUUCUGUAUAUAC